AUGGCGGUUUUUGGAACUUGUUUUUCUGUGUUCUUUCCCGACAGCACAGGUCGGGUAGCUCAGGUUUGCCCUUGGUUUCCUGAACAAGGCUCUUUGAAUAUUGAUGUUUGGCAAAAACUGGGUAAAGAAUUGCAGGAUUUUUAUGACACUGAAGGCCCUCUGAAGGUUCCAAUCGAUGCCUUCAGUCUUUGGAUGCUCAUUCGGGAUUCCUUGGACAAGGGUUGUGACACAGAAGCGUCUAAUAAGGAAUGUGAUUUAUCUGAACAGGUUUCUGCUUUGCACUUACAAGAAACUUUUCCUUCCUCUAGAACACAGCGGCAGCCUGAAAAGGAUUCUCAGGUAACACGUAUACCUUUUGCAGGUUCUUCUUCUCAUGCUACAGGAGUGUGUCCUCCUCAGAUGCGUAAAAAUUCUGCUGUGAAUUCUUUACCUUUAAUGUCUCCAUUACAAACAAGUCUGCAGCAUGCAGCUACUGCUGGAGAGGAUGUGUCUGAGUUUCAUGCCUUUCCAGUUAUGGAACGUGAUGACGGCCAGGGUAAUAGAGUCAGGACACAUAUUCUAUUUCCAUUUAAAUCUCUGAAAGAGCUUAAAUCUGCCUGUGCACAAUAUGGGCCUACAGCUCCUUUUACUCAGGCUGUGCUAGAAUCUAUGACUACUGAAGCUUUGGCUCCUAAUGAUUGGAAACAAAUAGCCAGAGCCUGUCUGUCAGGAGGGGAAUUUCUCUUAUGGAAAUCAGAAUUUGGGGAAUUCUGUCAGGUUACUGCUGACUUAAAUAGGGCUCAAAAUAUUCCCAUUACUUUUGACAUGCUUGCUGGUGAAGGUCAAUAUAGGGAGACAGAACACCAAAUAAACUUCCCUAUUGCUGUUUAUGCCCAAACCAGUGCUGCAGCAAAAAAGGCCUGGAAUAAGCUGCCAACAGCUGGAAGGCAAAUUGAGGACUUGGCUAGGAUUAGGCAGGGUCCUGAUGAAUUAUAUCAGGAUUUUGAGUCUAGGCUGUUAAUGGUUGCAGGCAGACUUCUGCGUGAUUCUGAUGCUAGCUUACAGUUUGUGAAACACUUAGCUUAUGAAAAUGCUAAUUCUGCAUGUCAAGCUGCACUUAGACCAUAUAGAAAGAAAGGAAAUUUGUCUGAUUAUAUCAGACUUUGUUCUGAUAUUGGCCCUUCCUAUACACAAGGUGUGGCCAUUGCUGCUGUUCUGCAAAACAAACCUGUGAAGGAUGUUUUAUUCCAACAACAUAAUAAGAAAAGAUGUUUUAAAUGUGGCCAACCGGGACAUUUUCAAAAUCAAUGCCCUCGUGAGUCUUCUAUUAUUGCCAGGACAAGGAAAUUCUUUGUGGCUCAUAUUCGAGCACAUACUAGUCUACCUGGAUCCCUCACUCAAGGAAAUGAUUUGGCUGAUCUUCAUACUAAAAUUGUAGCUUUCUCUGAUAUGGAGCUUGCUCAGCAAGCCCAUGCUAAAACAUCAGCAAAAGAGAUUUUUGUGUACAAUUUGCUAUCCAACAUAAAACAGGAAUUCCAUAUAAUCCACAAGGUCAGGGCAUUAUUGAACGUGCUCAUGAUGCCCAAGGUCGCUCUGCUGCUGGUAGGUUGUGGCAUUCUUCUUCUUCUACAGAUUAUGCCCAAGUCAAAUGGAAGGAUCCUUGUACAGGUCUGUGGCAUGACCCAGAUCCUGUCCUCAUUUGGGGAAGAGGGCAUGUUUGUGUUUUUCCACAGGAUGCUGACAAUGCACGUUGGGUACCUGAACGCCUCGUUCGCUUGGCUGAAUCUUCGGCCUCCUCACCACCUGUGUCAUCACAUUGCACCGACUAAUGUCAUCAUCCUGCUCUUUUGUGCCUGCACUUUUGGACUGUUUCCACCGCCUGGUGCCCACCAUUCUCCAUCUCUGGACUUGGCUAUGAUGCUUCCCUGCCCUAUUUGA